CAAAACUCAAAAUCGCAUUUCGCCUCGAACUUACUGCUGGUAGUUCAUUGCUGCUGUUUGCCACCGUCCAGAGAGAGGUCCAGAGGUGUGCAUUGCAUUGGGCGACAAAAUGAAUCGAAUCAACAAGACAGCCAUGAAAACAACAAACACUCAUCUAUCACCACCCUCCACAGUCGUUGUGGCUAGCCUCCAAGCCAGCAGUGAUUUAGGCUCUGUCGAGGCAAACACUGCCAAGUUCACGGCCUUGGCAAUCGAAGCCGCCAACAAAGGUGCCAAGAUUUUGGUGCUGCCCGAGACGGCCAUCACUGGAUACCUUUCGCAGGAUCUGAAGACCAAUUGGAUCACACCGGAACGUAAAGCUUUGGGAUUGAAAAAGUUUAGAGGAGAAUUGGAUCCAGCAACUGCCGCGCAACCCAAAGAUGGACCCAUCGUCCAGCACUUUUGUGACCUUGCCAAGAAGCUUGGUGUUUACAUUACGGUGCCCUUUCUGGAGGUUGCAGAGCGUGCAAUCGAAGCAUCCGAGGAGGAGGAACGUGAAGAAGAGGAACAGCCCAGAUUGGAAAGAGUAUACUACAACAGCGUAUCUUUGGCAGCCCCCUCGGGCGAAGUCGUUGCUCACUAUCGAAAGAACUCACCGUGGCCAACACCAGAACAGAGCUGGGCCACGGCCGGAAACGAAGUCGCCUAUGCGGAUACUGAAUAUGGUCGUGUUGGUCUCGCCAUUUGCUUUGAUAUCCAUUCGGUACUGGUCAAAUAUGAUCGAUUCCGUUUGUGGGCUCUGCUCUACCCAAUAGCAUGGGUGGGCAAGCCGAAAGAAUGGUUCCACAACAAACUGCCGUCUUUGCUGAAGCAAUGCAAUGUGCCGCACUACAUUAUUGGUUGCAACUGGUCAACCGACAAGGCGUAUGUCUGGCCCGGUGCUGGCUUCUCCACUCACUACGGGCCAAAGGGGGAGAUCCUUGCCACCACGAGCGACAGUGUUUGGAGCACGAUUGUGUAUUCAACUCUGCCAGUACACACUAGUCGUAGCGAUGAGCGGCCGGAGGCGUCAAACGGGCGUUUGAACCUCGACAAAUACGCCUCUUGGACUCGCACUGGCGGGGAGCAGGCAAAGGAAUGGCGCUGGUUUUGAGGUCAGGUUCGGUUUCUAGAGCUGGCUACAGGCUGUAAUCCCAGAGAGUCGAGUCGGCAAACAUAUAGCUUUUGAUGCUUUCGCAGCGACGCGCAUCCACCAGAACUUAAAGCAAUGUUGAGCCACUAAAUACCCUGCAAUUUUAAUAGAGCCAUGAAACCGUUUAUUGUUGGGG